GCCAUCAACAUGACCCAGUCGUAGAUGUGUUCCCGGUGUGAUCUUGCUGAUAUUACCGGGCUGCUAAGUGUGCGGAAAGGAGGAUGCUGGUGCGGAGAUUUUGUAUGUAACGAAUCCGGAUUGCGUCGGUGCCACACCCCGGGCGCGCGCGGCACUGACUCACGCGCUCGCCGUGACCGUUUCACGGUGACCGACAGGAUCCUGCGCACAUUUCCGUACGUCCGUGAUCUCAGGAAGAAGAAGAAGAAGGAGGAGGAGAAGAAGAAGGCUGCCAUCAACAAGAACUGAUCAUAUAGAGCAAAAAUGGGAGAGGCGGAGACGCGUCAGCGGUUACUGCGCAGCGUGAAAAAGGAGGUGAAGCAAAUUAUGGAGGAGGCUGUAACUCGGAAAUUUGUACACGAGGAGAGCAGCCACAUCAUUUCUUUCUGUGCUGUUGUGGAAGCUUGCGUGUUGCACGGCCUGAAGAGGCGUGCUGCCGGCUUCCUGCGCACUAACAAGUUGGCAGCACUCUUCCUGAAGGUGGGGAAAAUCUUUACACCAGCUGAAGAUCUGUGCAAGAAGGUGCAGGAGCUGGAACAGCUCAUCGAAAACAAUUCUAGACAGAACCAAUCUCAGACGAGUCAAGAUGGUAUCCGUAAGCAGUCACGGAUUCCCAGCCUCUCCCCCCAAGCCAUCAAACAUCUGUGGAUCCGUACAGCGCUGACGGAGAAAGUGCUUGACAAGAUUGUUCUAUACUUGGUGGAGAACAGCAGCAAAUUCUAUGAGAGAGAAGCUUUGUUGAGGGAUCCUGUUGAUGGACCAAUCCUUGCGUCACUACUGGUUGGUCCCUGCGCUCUGGAGUACACUAAAGCAAAGACAGCUAACCACUUUUGGACAGAUCCUUCGGCUGACGAGCUGGUGCAGAGACACCGUAUUCAUAGUGGCCACUGCCGCCAGGACUCGCCCACCAAGCGCCCUGCUCUUAUCCAGAAAAGGCAGUCAAGUGGUAGUAUGGAUGACAGGCCCUCGCUGUGGGCUCGGGACUAUGUGGAAUCUCUCCAUCAGAACUCAAGAGCCACACUGCUGUUUGGCAAGAACAAUGUUCUAGUCCAGCCAACAGAUGACAUGGAAGCGAUCCCAGGAUACCUAUCUCUCCAUCAGACUGCAGAGCUAAUGACGUUGAAGUGGACACCAAACCAGCUGAUGAAUGGCAACAUGGGAGAGUUUGAUUAUGAAAAAAGUGUGUAUUGGGAUUACGCAAUGACCAUUCGUCUAGAGGAAAUUGUCUAUUUGCAUUGCCAUCAACAAGUGGACAGUGGCGGCACUGUGGUGUUGGUGAGCCAGGAUGGGAUCCAGAGGCCUCCAUUCCGUUUUCCAAAAGGAGGCCAUCUGCUGCAGUUCCUCACAUGUCUUGAGACAGGACUCCUUCCACACGGCCAGCUUGAUCCUCCUCUCUGGUCCCAGCGGGGAAAGGGAAAGGUUUUCCCAAAAUUACGGAAAAGAAGCCCGCACAGCUCCUGCGAGUCAUUUUCUGACAAGGAUGAAGAUGAAGCAACAGAUUAUGUGUUUCGGAUAAUAUAUCCAGGCAGUCAGGAGUUUGUUGGCCCAGAGCUGAUGGACCAGAGUAUGACCAUGUGGCAGCCUGCUCCAAGGAAGUCUUCUUGUUCCUCUUGCUCUCAGAAUGGUUCUUCUGAGAGUGGACUUCCCAAUGGAUGCAAUCAUGACAGGGCUCCGCUGAAAUUACUUUGUGAGACCAUGAAGUACCAGAUCAUUUCUCGUGCCUUCUAUGGCUGGUUGGCCUACUGCCGUCACCUGUCCACAGUCCGCACACAUCUUUCUGCUCUGGUCAAUCCCACUAUCAUUGAGCCUGACAUUCCCUAUGAUGCCAAAGGAGGGCUCUCUGCAGAAGUGUGGAAGACAUUUCUUCAAGAUAGUUCUGCAUAUGAAGAGGCAGAACUCCUCCGGCUUGUGUACUAUGGUGGUGUAGACCCCACCCUGCGUAAGGAGGUAUGGCCUUUCUUGCUAGGCCACUACCACUUCACUAUGACUCCUGAUGAGAGAAAGGAGGUGGAUGAGCAGGUUCGGGCCUGUUAUGAGCAAACCAUGAGUGAGUGGCUGGGAUGUGAGGCCAUAGUGAGGCAGCGUGAGAAGGAGCAACAUGCUGCUGCCCUAGCCAAGUGUGCUUCUGGAGCAAGUGUGGAUCUACGACAGGACUCCACUAUUAGCACUGAUUCAUCCCAGAGCUGCAGUUCAGAGAAACAGAGCAAUGCCUGUUCCCAGUGUGACUCCAACAGUAGCACUCAGGUGUUUGGGUCUGUCGAUGAGGUUGACCCAAUCGAAUCUGAACCUAAACCGAAAGAUGAGAAGCCCCAGCCCAAAAUUCCAAAUGGUACUCUUCCCAACUGCACUAGUUCUCCAGACUCUGGACAUCCAUCCUCUCGUAACUUCUCUGUCACAUCUGGACUCUCAGAUUGCUCCCCAAGCACAGAGGAUGCUUCAACACAAGAGAAUGGAACCAAAAUCAAACUACCAGAGCCAUCAGCAGUGGCCUCUGAGGUUACUGUAGACCUUCCAACCAACUCUAGCCUUGAAGACAAGCUCAAAGAAGAACCAGCAGAACAGAGCUCACAGGCUCUGGGCACAGGGAAGGGGGAUCUCAUCAAAUCACCUACAGGAGCGCUCCCUCCAGAAGAUGAGACAAUCAAACUGCAGGAAGAUGAGAAAGUAGAAAAUUCAGGUGCCAAAGAAGUUAGCAGGACUGACACAGUCAAGUCCGUGGAUCCUCAAUGGGAUUUAAAUGAAAAAUCUGAGUUGAAUUUUUCUGAAACAGUAGAAAGCACAAUUUCUGAUCCUUCCGAAGAGAAGGCAAAACCUUCAGAUAGCAAUGCGAAAAGCAAGCAAAUACUUCAAUCAUCAGAGACUACUGCUGAAGAGAUCACUAAAUCCGUAGAGGGGAUUAGGAACUCACAAGUGGUGGUAGAAACUCAGAUAAACAUGGAGUUUAAUGAUGAUAGGGACAAAACUGAGAAGAAUAUUGCUUUGGUAAUGCAAGUAAACAAAGAAACACCUACCACGUGUGAUCCUCCCAGAGCACUGACUAAAGAGGGUUCUGUGGAAGAAGCAAAAACCACAGAUACAAGGCCACCUGCAAAUGCUGAAGAACUCACAAAGUCACAGAUGAGCAGUGUCCCUCACAUGGAGCCUUUGGAAAAACAAACACAGCCUCCUCAGCCUCUUUCUGAAUCAAAGAUGACCAAUGACCCUCACAUGGAUCCUUCAGAAAAAGAAACAAAGUCUCCUCAACCUCUUUCUGAAACAGAGAUGACCUAUGACCAUCACUUGGAUCCUUUGGAUAAAGAAACAAAGUCUCCUCAACCUCUUUCAGAAGCAGAGAUGACACAUGACCCUUACUUGGAUUCUUUGGAAAAAGAAGCAAAGUCUCCUCAACCUCAUUCUGGCUCAGAGAUCACCAAUGGCUCUCACUUGGAGCUCUGGGAAGAAGAAACAAAGCCUCCUCAACCUCUUUCUGAUUCAGAGAUGACCAGUGCCCCUGACAUGGAGCCUUUGGAAAAAGAAACAAUGCUUCUUCAACCUCUUUCUGAAACAGAGAUGACCAGUGCCCCUCACAUGGAGCCUACGGAAAAAGAAAUGAAGCCUCCUCAGCCUCUUCCUGAAUCAGAGGUGACCAGUGCCCCUGACAUGGAGCCUUCAGAAAAAGAAAUGAAACCUCCUCAACCUCUUUCUGAAUUAGACAUGUCCAGUGCCCCUGAUAUGGAGGCUUUGGAAAAAGAAAUGAAGCCUCCUCAACCUCUUUCUGAAUUAGACAUGUCCAGUGCCCCUGAUAUGGAGGCUUUGGAAAAAGAAACGAAGCUUCCUCAGCCUCUUUCUGAAUCAGAGAUGACCAGUGACUCCCACAUGGAGCCUUUGGAAAAAGAAAUAAAGCCUCCUCAACCACUUUCUGAUUCAGAGAUGACCAGUGCCCCUGAUAUGGAGCCUACGGAAAAAGAAAUGAAGCCUUGUCAACCUCUUUCUGAAAUGGAAAUGACCAGUGCCCCUGAUAUGGAGCCUACGGAAAAAGAAAUGAAGCCUUGUCAACCUCUUUCUGAAACAGAGAUGACCAGUGACUCCCACAUGGAGCCUUUGGAAAAAGAAACAAAGCUUCCUCAACCUCUUUCUGAAACAGAGAUGACCAGUGCCCCUGACAUGGAGCCUACAGAAAAAGAAAUAAAGCCUCCUCAACCCCUUUCUGAAUCAGAGACGACUAGCAACUCUCACAUGGAGCCUUCUGAAAAAGAAACAAAGCCUCCUGAACCUCUCUCUGAGUUAGUAAUGAACAAUCCAUCUAAUGCUGACAAGCCAGAUAUGAAAAUUAUAAUGAACUGGGCCUAUGAUUCCAACAGAACCAAGGCACUAAUGAAACAAAUGAAUGAACCUCUGCUUGAAGGCUGUAUUUCCAUUAUGUCUUUAUCGAAACAAUCUCCAGAUACAUCUGAUGACUCGCCAUCUGCCCUGGAAAUGGAGGAAAUCCCAGCUGCUUUGGUUUAUAUGCCUUCAGAGGAUAUCUUGGCCAAUGUUCCUGUUACACUGGGUCCUCCUUUGGCUCUGACGAUGCCACCAGAGAAGGCUGCAGUAGGUAUGCCUGCUCUGGAGCUGUGCAUGGAGGCAGGUCAGAACACCAGCCCAGAUGCCACUGAAUCAGCCCUGUCUGAGGAAGAGCCAGAGAUGGAGAGUCUGUUCCCCAAACCAGACUCUCUAGCUGUUGGAGACCAUAAAAAUGAUGUUGCAUCUCCAGUGUCCUCUAUUGGAACUACUUACUCUCAAGAGCUGCUAGACUUGUACACCCUCAAUAUUCACCGUAUUGACAAAGACGUCCAAAGAUGCGAUAGAAACUACUGGUACUUUACUACUGCCAACCUGGAGAAGCUACGCAACAUCAUGUGCAGCUAUGUUUGGCAGCAUCUAGAUAUCGGCUAUGUACAGGGAAUGUGUGACUUGCUUGCGCCUCUGCUUGUUAUUCUUGAUGAUGAGGCCAUGGCAUUUAGCUGUUUUACAGAGCUCAUGAAAAGAAUGAAUCAGAACUUUCCUCAUGGCGGAGCAAUGGACACCCACUUUGCCAACAUGCGUUCCCUUAUUCAGAUUCUUGACUCUGAGCUUUUUGAGCUGAUGCAACAGAAUGGAGACUACACCCACUUCUACUUCUGUUACCGAUGGUUCCUCUUAGACUUUAAAAGAGAAAUGGUGUAUGAUGACGUGUUCUCCGUAUGGGAGACCAUCUGGGCGGCCCGUACUAUCUCCUCUGGCCAUUUUGUGCUGUUUAUUGCCUUGGCACUGGUUGAGUUAUACAGGGACAUCAUUUUGGAGAACAACAUGGACUUCACUGACAUCAUCAAGUUCUUCAAUGAAAUGGCUGAGCGGCAUGAUGUCCCACAGCUUCUGGUGAUGGCCCGAGACUUGGUUCACAAGGUCCAGAUCCUCAUAGAGAACAAAUGAUAGCCUUUCACCAUUUGUUCUCCACUGUCUAAUCAAAAGACCACUUGAGUGAUUUUUUUUUCUUUUUCAAAUUAUAUAUUUAGGUCCAGGUCAGGGGUUGGACAAAUAUCCUUUCUAAUGUUAUUUAAUUUGCUUGAGAGCAAUAAAACCCAAUGACAAAUUACACACUGGAAAAGAAAUUUAAAAAAUAUCCACGGUAGAUUACAGUCUUCUGCAGAUAAAUCUUAGUUACAUGAUUCUAAAAGACCCCAACUAUAAAGAAAUAUAGUGCUUUCCAGCCUUGAUCAUGGAAUACCCGAGCCCUGCAGUUGAGGGUUUUUCCUACUCCAAUUUACCCAUAUUGCAUCAGGAAGGUCCUUUUAAUUAUCUGAUUAGUUGGAUAAGGUGUGUUCAAGCAGGGUAAAAACACAAUGUUCAUGGCAGGGGCACCCCAGGAAGAUAGCCGGGAACCACGGGUACCUUAAAAAUGAUGAUUCUAUGCUAGUGAUCAGAAGGUUGAGCAUCCAAAUCUCAUGGAGUUAUUAUUUGGCCCUUGAGCAAGGUUCUUAACCUUGGACUACUCCGCUAUAUGUCUGAAUUGAAAUAUGCCUUUUUUGAUUAAAACUUUUUGUCAGAUGAAUACAUAUUAAUGGCGGGAGAAACCUAAAUGAUGGCAUUACCAAUAGAGAUUCCUUGAAAAGCACAAGAUAUUUGUCUUUUUGUCUGUAAUUAAGAAACACAUCUAUCAAGAGGGGUGCUCGCUGUUAACAGCACUUGCCAGAUUUGUUGAGUAUUGCUUAUCUGUCAUGACCACUCCAUUUUUGCACGGAAAACCCUCAGUCUGUGUCGGCACACCCUUCUGUUUUCAGGUAUUAUCAAAUUUGUAUUACAGAUGAGAACAAGUGAUUUUUUUUUUGUAAUUACCAGUUAAGCUUUCUAGGGUGACUUUGUCACUCAGUGACAUGUUGAGCUGCUACACAAUUAUGUACCUCACCUGAACCAAUCUUACUCUAAUACAAUCAUAAAUAUACUAUAAUCUUGGAGAUGUGUUUAUUUUUGAGCAGUCUUUUUGCCUUAAGUUCCUUUCUUUAGGGACACAUUCAGCGAAUUUGUUUAUGCUCAGUGAGUGAGUGCAGAUUAAAAAAAAAUCUAAUUAUUAUGUCUGUACAUCAAUAUGUUGAUUCAUUCACUACAGUAGUUGGCAUAUAUAACAUUUACAUAGCGAGUGUGUGAAUGUGUGUGUGUGUGUGAGAAUAUGUGUGUGUAUGAUCUGAACUACCAGCAACCAAACUUUUGUCUCAUAAUUUUAGCCAAUGGAUUCAUUGUGGUUGUAGGGCUCAGCUAAGACCUUGUAUUUCAGACCAGUUGUUUCAAGUGCCAGUGUUAUUAACACUAACCUUCACCCACAUGCCAUUUCCAUUAAUAUAUGUGUAUUGCCAUUUCUGAAAUGCUCUGUGUAUAUUAGAAAUUAUAAAAUGAUAAAUUACAGUAUAAAAAUAUUAUAUAUGAAACUGAAAUUAUUUGUCAGUUGUAAAAAAAAAAGAAAAAAGUGCUGUAUUCAAAUCAUGAAAGUGAUAAUUUAUUUAAGAGAAGAGAAAAAUACUAUAUGUUAAAAAAUACUAUAUGCUUAUAUAUUUUUAUUGUAAUCAGUGUGACUAUAUAGUAUAUUGUCAGAAUGUUCUGGUGCUGUAUUGUAAAAUGGAAUAAAUGUGGACCGUCACGAAA